AUGAAGCUACAAUUACAUGUGUGGGGCCCUGCCUUUCAGCUGCCCUCAAUCGAGGCACAGUGCCUCGCCGCAAUUGCCUACUGCUCGCUAGCGCUUCCCAAGGAUUCCUGGGAGCUGAUCGCAACCAGCGAUCCCUCCGUGUCCCCUACUAGUGAACUACCCGCUCUACAGAAUGGAUCCGUCUGGGUAAGCCGUUUCGGCAAUAUUGUGGACUACCUCCGCCAGUACUCGAAUGGGCAAUGGGAUUUGGAUCGCGACUUGGACAAGUCAGACCGCGCCGAUGACACUGCCUUCUCCUCAUUCGUUGAAUCCCGUGGCCAGUCUCUUCUCGACCUCUACCUGUACGUCACCAGCCAGAACUAUUAUGGCAACACAUCUCCCGCAUACGCCAAUAUUCUCCAAUGGCCAAACCAAUGGAUCCUCCCACCAAAGCUGCACGGAGCCGCCAAAGCCCGUACCGAGCACCUAGACCUAUCAUCUCUAGAUCUGAAAGCCCUAGAGGAACACCGACAGCGCGAGCACUCGGCCGCCGUUGCCGCGGGGAAAGUUCCAAAAAAUCUUAUCAGUCGACCUCGUGAAUCCGUAUCCGGCUUACUGGGUCGGACAGCGCAGCAGAACAGCUUCCGACUCGAGGCGCUGACAGCCGAGUUUUUUGAGCCUCUAGAGGCAAUGUUAGGCGACAAGAAGUACCUACUAGCAAAAGAAGGUGGCAAGUCCCCCUCUAGCUUGGAUUGCAUUACGCUCGGAUACCUUUCUCUAGCUCUUGUGCCCGAGCUCACUUUCCCUUGGCUGAGAGACGCGAUGCGUGUCAAGGCCCCGCUCCUCUCCAAGUACACAGAGCGAAUGCGGACUCGGUGCUUCGGCGAUAACCCUGUUGAACUUGCACAUUCAUUAGUGCCAGAGUCAGCCCCUAAGUCACCUCUGCCGUGGCGGGCACCCGGGCGUAUAUCUGUUGCUGGGAUUGGUAGCACCCUUCUCAAUACAUUGGCAGAUUCCACACCAAUUUUGCGUGAUGUUCGUAUGCAUAAUAGAAUGAAGCAGGCAGUUGAGUCACCAGAUGCAGAACUCUCGGCCGUGGAACAAGCAGCUGUCUCGUCUUAUGCUGAUGCUCGCAAGAAGGACCUGUUCUUUUCUAUUGCGGCUGUGGUAGGCAGUGUUGUUGCCUUGGUGGGAUAUACGAUAUAUACUGGUUUAAUUACCUUUGAGACUCAAGAGGAGCAAUUUAAGGAGGAUGAAGAUGAUGCCCUUGUUGAUCCAGGUUCAGCAACCGACUUCCUAGGCGAUUUGAAUCUAGGAAGUCUAAGUGUAUGA